AAUAAAAAACACCGGUGCGAUUAAUUUUAUUAAAAACUUUACAUAAUUUAUCGAGUGCGUAACGUUGCUUUCCACCAAAUCAAUGAUAAUAUUAUGCCUCGUGUAAAAAUUGAUUACAUUGUUAGUUUUAGCAGUGAGGAUCCGGAUAAUCCGGCGAGUAACCUGCUAGCAUGGGACGUGAGCAAGAAGCGCUGGUUAUGCGCGAAAGGGGAGCCGUCGUGCUCCGUCGUCCUCCAGCUUCCGCGAGCUGUCAAGAUUUCUGCAGUACAUAUUGGAGCCCAUCACGCUGCCCUGGUGGAGGUGCUGGUGGGGCGCUCGGAGAAACCAAAUGAACCUUUUCAAGUGCUAGUGCCGAGUUGCGUAUUCCUGUCGCCGGCGGAGUCGCGUAAGGACGCGGGCGUGGAGCGCGUGCGCUCCUUCAGCGGCUCGCAGCUGGCCGCCGCGCGCGCGCAGCGCUGGGACCGCGUGCGCCUCGUGUGCUCGCAGCCCUACAACAAGCACUGCAAGUACGGGCUGAGCUUCGUGCACAUAUCGGAGCCGGAAGACGCGUCUGCGCCCGCGCCUGCCCCGGUCCCCAGUACCGUGGCGGGCCCGAGCCCGGUCCCCGGCGCGGCGCUGGCGCGGCUGUUGGACGCGGGCUCGUCGUCGGAUGACGAGUUCAAGCCGGGGGAGCUGUUCGCACGGCACAACAGCUCACGGAACAGCACCGACACAGGCGCCCAAAUCAGACAGGCUACGUCACAAGCGCUCAAAAACAUAUCUGAUUCCGCCACCAAACUGGUGAAGACGCCUCUGUCUAAACACGGCUCAAAACGGACGAAUCAACCUGACGAUUCUUGCAGCUCGAACCGGCAGAGGGACGACCUGAUGUAUACGGACGACGACGAUAAGCCGCACGCGAAAAUAGACAACAUUGUACAGAGGCACAAGGACGAAAAGAGCAAAGACGAAGUUAAAAAGACUACUGAGAAAAAACAUGACAGAAAAGCUUCCAAUGAAAAUCCUGGUAGGGAUAAAAAGGAAGAUUCUCAUAAGCCCACUAGCGACAGAAGUAAAGACAAAAAUGAGAGGACACCAAAGGACGAUAGGAAGAACCGGACAGACCCUGUGAGUCAAGUAUCAAAAGAGGAACCGUCCACAAGUAGCAGUCGAGAUAACAGCGAAAAGGAUAGAAAAAGAUCUCGAGAUGAUAAUCAUCCUAAGAAAGCGGGCGGGGACUUCCAGUCGAUCCUGAAGGGCGUGGUGUUCGUGCUGAGCGGCUACGUGAACCCGCGCCGCGCUGCGUUGCGCGACAUAGGGCUUAGCCUGGGAGCGCGCUGCGAGCGCGACUGGGGACCCAACUGCACGCAUCUCAUUUGCGCGUUCCCCAACACGCCGAAGCUGAAGCAGGUGCGCGCGGCGCCGGGCGGCGGCACGGUGCCGGCGGCGCGCGGCGAGUGGCUGGAGGAGCAAGCGCGGCGCUCGCGGCGGCUGCCCUGGCGCGCCUUCGCCACCGAGCCCCAGCAUCAGCGCCCGCUCAGCGAGGAUGAAGAGGCGGACGAGCCGGCCGAUGACGAAUGUGACACCGAUGACGAAAUAGUAAAAGCGUUACGAAAACAAAAGAAACGUCGCACCGAAAGUUCGCCCAGCCCUCCGAAGAGCAAAAACUCCCAAAAUGAGAGCAGCAAACGAGACAAGAACGUGUCGAAUACGUCCCGAAACAGUGACGCGAACGGUUCGAAUACGUCACAGAAUAAUGUGUCAAACUCGUCGGACGUUAUGUUCGUUCGAGACGAGCGAAUACAGGGGAAUGUAACAGUCAACGAUUCCGACGACGAGAAGACUGAUGAAGAUGACGGAGAGGCCAGCGCGGUGCGCAUCGACAAGGCGCGCUCGCUGCCGAACAUAUUCGCGGGCCGCACGUUCGUCAUCGACGCGAGCGCGCGCGACACCUUCGACGCGGCUUUGUUGGAGCGCUACGUGCGGGCCUAUGGCGGCGUGCUGGUCGAUGCGGAGACGCUGGACGAGGACAGCAGCGUGAGCUACGUGCUGUGCGGAGCGGGUGUGGACGCGGGCGCGGGCGGGGCGGCGGGCGCGCGCGUUCGCGGCGAUUGGCUGUGGCGCUGCCACGCCGCGCGGGACCUCUACCCCGUGCAGGAUUACCUGCUUACGUGA